AAUCGAACGUCGCGGAGAACACAACGCUGGCGCAGAAGAAUAAUGACGGCCAAGAUUAAGUUGCGAUCUCAGUUGCAUUUGCUGACGGGUUUCAUGGCGGGCUUUGUAUUGGCCUUCGUGCUGCUCCUAUUUGUCUAUGAUGUGAAUAGGGUGACGCCUUGCUGGAGCAGUUCCUCCACGAUGUCCACGGCCACGGCCAGGAUUCAGAAUAUUCCACCUGACCGAAUACUUUGCAUGGUGCUCACCUGCCCGGAAAAUGUGGAGAACUUGGCUCGCACGGUUCACGAUACUUGGGGUCAGCGAUGCAGUCGCCUGAUCUUCGCCAGCAGUGAGGAUUAUGAGCCACUGGGCGUGGUCCAAGUGGUGGAGCCAGGAGGCGGUGGCUACGAGGAUCUGUGGAACAAAACUCGGGAGGGUUUUCACCACGUUUGGGAACACUUUGGUCGCGACUACGAUUGGUUUCUCAAGGCGGACGAUGAUACUUAUAUGAUCAUGGAGAAUCUGCAGCACCUGCUUAGCGGUUUCGAUCCGGAUACGCCCGUCUACUUUGGAUACAAGAUGUCACGAUAUAAUGUGAGCUAUAUGUCUGGCGGGGCUUCUUAUGUUCUGAGUCGUGAGGCCCUCAAUCGUUUUAUGACGCAGGCCUAUGAAUCUGAGGUGAUUUGUCCACAGCCCAAGAAAAUGGGUAUCGAGGACUUUUACAUGGGCAUAUGUAUGCAGAAUGUGGGUGUACAUUUUGUGGACUCAUCACAGUCCUUAGAUGGGGACACAAAGCCAAAGUUUAUGCCUCUGGACCUGGAAAACUAUAUGUCGGAGGCAAAUACAACAAUUCCACAAUGGUUGCGCCAGAUGAGUUUUUCUCGGGUUGAAACUGGCUUGACAUGUUGUUCCAAUUUUUCUGUGGCCUUUCAUUAUGCCAGCCGCGAACGCAUGUUUCUCUACGAGUUUCUAAUCUAUCAUCUCAAAAUUUUUAGUCCAAACCAGAUUUUUGAAAGAAAUGAGAGGAGUCAAUUAACUUUAUCCGAGUUGAUCAGGCGAUAUCCCCUGGAAGAUAAUUCCAAUAUAAAAGACUUGCUACAAAUGUCUGAAAAACCUGACAAUUUUUAGUUGUUUAUUUGUAUUUUUAUUUUUAUUUUAGCCACUAAGAUCUUAAGCAUGUGAUAUGAAUUUAUGAAUA